UCUUUCCUGUACAGAUCAUACACGCCGUGAGCUGCUGUGUUUCCACAUUAAAGUAGAUGAAUUCACUCAUUUGAACGGGCCUUUAGCUCCGUUUGGACCUAGUUGCCAGCAGAGUGCCCUGCCUCAGGACUUGUCUUGUUUAUUUCGACAUGAACUUGAAACUUGGCAUUGAAAUCGAUGGACGAUCAUUGGCCUCACCCUAAGAGACGCCGCUGUAAGCUAAGAGGAAGUAGCAGCGGACUCCUCCUCUUGGGGGAAACGAACCGCCAGCGAGCAGAAAACACACUGCCGGUUUGAUUCUCCAACUCUGUCCAGUCACAGAGCUCGUCGGUGGUCCAGCUGAAGUGAAAGUCUUGGGGCGAAGAGCAGCAGCAGCAUGGCUCAGGAAUUCGUGAAAGCGAAAAUCAAGGGAGAUAAAGUGGUGGUGUUCCUGAAGCCGACCUGUCCGUACUGCGUGCAGGCCAAAGACGUGCUGUCCAAGUACAAAUUCAAAGAAGGACAUCUGGAGUUCAUCGAUAUCAGUCGACGGGACGACACAGGCAGCAUACAGGACUACCUGCAGCAGAUAACCGGAGCCCGAACUGUGCCCCGCGUGUUUAUAGGUGAGGAGUGUAUCGGAGGGGGCAGUGACGUCUCAGAACUGGACAGAAGCGCCAAACUGGCGGGAAUGCUGCAGAAAAUAGGGGCUCUGCAGUGACGUCACUGUGGCACGCUGCAUGAGGGAGGUCACAUGAUGCUGCAGCGGGAUUUGCGCAGCUGUCUCCGCCGUUGCUGGUAUUCGCUGAGCUCCUGCAGGUAUCCUCUAGAGGGCCAUCGCAGACGCUCCACCUGCUCACGCUCCUCCUCUGUCCAACAACAGCACUGUGACUACAUAGAAACCACAGCAACACACCUCCCCCUCACACCCAUAUGGCCUCUGCAUUUUACUCUAUGCUUUAUGCUCUUCAUGAAUAUUAAUGACUCUAACCCAUCUAGAUUACUUAGUGAUGUUUGGUGUCCAAAGUUUGUAGCUUUGUUUAGCUUAGUACUGGAGCUACAGGACUAAUGUAGAUGUUAGCAUUGUGUUCUCUGUAUAGGACAAAACAUUAGAUUUGACCAGGGGUGCCCAAACUUUGCAUAUGACUGUAUACAACACUACUUAACCCUCUACUGCACGCAUUAGGACAGUGUUUUUUUGUUUUUUUUUAAUAUUCAAUUCACCUUUCUUGCAUAAACGGACCUGAUUAUUAAAUUUAAGAAACACUGAAAAAAAAUAAAAUGUGCAAGUCAUUGUGUGACAAGAAGAAUUAAUAUAAAACCACGUGCUUGUGCCUGGCUAAAUCCAUUCAACUGUCAUGCAAUGUUGCUUCUAGGCAACAAACAUAUUUAUGCAGAUUCUGAUAGCAAAAAAUGACAUUAAAUGUUAAAAAGAGGCUUAAAAGUGCCCAAAGAGACAGUACUUAUUAAUUUACUCAACAUUUUCCCUUUAGUGUUAACCUUGUCAUCUUUAUUUACGAUUAAUGUUAUUGUAAAGUGAGAAAAUGGGUUUGUUGCCCUGAGGCAAUAUUGUGCAGUAGAGGGUUAAGCAAUAAUUUAUGAUGACUAAACUACUCAGCAGAGUUUGAGGCAAGUUUGAAUUGGUUUCAUUCAUGCUGUAUGCAUCAUGGCAAUUGAUGGGGUAUAAGCAUGUGUUGCUUGUUAGCUACAUUAGCCUUGUAGCUUGUACACAAAACUAAAGAAGCAAACUUCAAACACCAAACACGUCUUAACAAAAUGACUGAAUUCUAUCAACUACUAAAGUUGAUUUCUGAAUGAAAUAUCACUUUAAGGGUAAAACUGUCUUGUAUGUUUACUACUUGCAUGUGCCUAUUACAUUUAUAUAGCAAGGUAAGAUCCGUCCAUCCCACUAUAUGAACGGCCUUGUUAGUUAAACUUUGCAUCUUGAAAUAAACUUGAAUCAGAAAAUA